AUGGCAUACAUUCAGCGACCGCUGAUUAUCCAAUCGCACAUCAUACGAUUGUGCUGCCCGCGCACAGUUAGAAGGACAAGGAGCGGUCCGUUCGCGAGGGUACAGAAUCGCAAACUGCACACAGAGACUGUGACAGACAACGACAUCUCUCGGUUGGCGAGUCUGCCGUUGCAUCCUCUGACGCUUGCCGACCUGGUCAAUCUGUCUACGUUGCUACCAUGGGCGGAGCACGAGAUAAAGACGCUGGAGGAGGAGGUGAAGUUCACAGAGGUCAUGGCUGACCUGGUGCAAACACACGCGAAUACCAUAAGCAUACUGGCAAGAGGUUUCCCUCGAAAGCACGAAAGUACAUCCAGCCCUAAGGAUGUGACGCGCUUCUUGGACGAACAUCUGCGGGCCAGGAUAGGCACGCGCUUGAUCGCAGAGCAGCAUCUUUCGCUGCACUUUUCGAGUCAGCCGCACAAAGAGGUCAUGCACGAGUCAGAAGAAAAUGCAGGCUACAUUGGCGUUAUCGACACCAAGCUCAAGCCUGCUACAAUUGUCGAGCACUGCGCCAACACCGUGGGCGAGAUCUGCGAGCUCAAGUACGGUGUACGACCUACGGUUGUCAUCAACGGCGAGCCAGACUACACCUUCGCACACGUCCCAGUUCAUCUCGAAUACAUAAUCACGGAGCUGCUGAAGAAUGCGUUCCGCGCAACAGUCGAGAGCGGUAUGGAGCGUGAGCCGAUCGAAGUCACAAUCGCCCCGCUGCCAGAGCUACUGCCAGAAGACACUGGGGAGAAGGACUCGGAGGAUCUGGCCAAGAGGCGCGUCGAGAAUGUUGAUCAGGGCAACGCAGAUGUAGCAUCGCACGCUUUUACUGGCCUCCACGGAAACGCCGCUGCGAAGAUCGAUUCGAACAUUCUGCCCCUCAAGCACUCUACGCCGGGCGUCACCAUCCGCAUACGUGACCGUGGCGGCGGCAUAUCGCCCGAUAAUCUCCAUCAUAUAUGGGACUACAGCUUCACGACAUUCAACGACGACCAGGCAUCUUCUACCUUAUCGGGCUCACAUAGUUCGCAUACGGGCAUGGAUGCACUGAAUGCCAUGUCUGGCCCUGGCGGCGACGGGGCACACAGUCUUGCUGGGCUUGGGUAUGGAUUGCCGCUCGGAAGAGCAUACGCGGAAUACUUUGGCGGAGGCAUAGCAGUGCAGAGCUUGUGGGGCUGGGGCACGGAUGUGUAUCUCAGCUUGCGGGGCGUGGGCAGAGUAGACGGAGACGACAAAGAAAAGAAGAGGUAG